UUUCCAUGGCAGUGCAAACAAGAGCCGGAGGAAAGCCCAGAGCUGACAACCACAUCCACCUCCCCAUCUGACCACAGCCCGCUUGCAGAGAGGAGCCCAGAGGACCUCUGCUUUGGGUGAGAAACCGAAAAUAAGGGGGACCCACAGCAAAGACUACAAAAAGAGGCUGGAUUCGGAGAAACAAAAAUCUAACCUUCGACAGUUUGCCAGCCUAAAAUUAAACACGACAGAGUUCCCUACAGCAUGUCUGUGCUGUCCAACAAUCGUUCAGCCUUAUCACAAGAAACCCACAGUGCCAAAGCAAUUACUGGGUCAAAGAUGCCAUCUCCACGUACAGAGUCAACAACUGAAAGUCUCUUUUCCAAAUCUGAAAUGCAAACUCAGCUUAUGCUGUCAGACAACCCAGAAGAGGAUGAAGAAAACCCAAUGAAAAAUCCAUUUACAAUUCCUCCAGAAAUAGACAUUUUCUCAAUAGGGAACGAGGAAAGAAAAAAGGCUAAGGCGGAACGUGAAAGGAUGAAGACCAUGAAAAUCCACGAGAAAAUGACUUAUUCCGCUAAAAUAAAAGCAGAGCAAAAAGGGUGCAGGAAAGCUCUGCAAAAGGAGGAAGAAGAGGAGGCCAGAAAAGAGGCAACAAAUGAAGAGAGACUGAAAACUCUUCAGGAGACUCUGUCAUGGAAGAUGUCCACAAAUAAAGAUAACCUACUAGAAAAGGAGACCUUCCAUGACUACAUAAAUGACGAAAGAGAGAUAUUUUUACUUGAGUAUGCCAUGACAGUAAAGCGAGAUGAGAUUCAAAAGAUGGAGAAAGUAGCAAAGAUCGAGGAAAGAAAACUGAAAAAGGCUGAAUACAACCUGGAAAAGGAUGCUGCCAUGUUUACUGAGUUCCUGAAGGAGAGCCAUAAAAACUCUGUUCAAGCCCUGAAAAUUGCCGAAAAAGAAAGGACAGCAAAGACAAAGAAAAUAAAGGAGAUCCAGGCAAUCACUUCCCAAAUCGAGCACCUCCAGAGUGAUAUAUCCAGAUUCAAGAAUAAUCUGCAGAAGUACAAGACGUACAGGGACUUCCUCUAUGAACUAUCUCCAAAAGAGUGGCAGGAGGAACAUAGAAUAAAGCACACAAAGGAAAAGGAUUUGAAAAUAACAUCCAAAGCUAUUGAAGAAAUUGCCUCAACUCCCACCACUGCAGAGCAGGGAAAGCGUCAGAGAAAAACUACCCGCUUCGCACUGGAACAGCCCCAGGCUCAAAUCAGACACGUCUACUUCUCUCCAGACCAGGGUCUGGCAGCCAGUCCCUCUAGUACCAGUCCUACAAAUGUGUCAAAUUCCCUGCUGUCUUCAAAAAGCCUGGCACUCAUGUCAUUAUUUGAGAUCAGGCCACAUCUCAAAAACCUUCUGAAGCCUCUAUCAAGAAGAAAAGUAAAUAUCCCAGAGGGCACAGAAAGCGAAACCUGCUCGGACGAAGAUGAGGAGCCUGAGUUGUAUUUUACUGAUCCCCAACAUCUGUUGUCUAUUUUCACGGAGAUGGAGGAAGAGUACUUGUCCCUCGUUCAGAAUUCCCCAGAGACGGAAAAAAGUUUGGACAAGGUCCAGCACACUUUCAUCACCACACAUGAAAGCACGGAGAAGAAGUUAGCAGAGCUGAAACAGCAGGUAGUCACACUCAAAUCCUCCAUCGCCAAGAACGAAGAGAGAGUAGCAGAUCUGAAACGCAAAGUUCACCUCUUUUCCUCUGGAAAAUAUGAAGCUGAUGACCAGGACAAAAUGCUCAGGAGCCUGCACAAGAAGGUGCUGGAAGUCUAUUGCCACUGCACUGGAGAAAAUGAGACAAACCUGCAGACACUGCAGAUGCUAAUGGUGAUAGAAAAGCAGAUCAAUGAUUUAUUGGAUAACCUGGAGAGAAUCCCACCCGCAAAGGUAGAACAGGCCAAGAAGGCCAAAAGCAUGAAAUGGAGGAUGCGGCUCAGAGAGGAAGCGCUCAGAGAACAGAAGCAGCAGCAGGAGGAAAGACUGCAACGGGCCCUGGAAAGAUCACAGGCAACGAUUAAAAAACCGAGCGGCCGGAGGCUGGUGUUCCGCUCCAACCCACCUGCCAGGAAGGAGAAGAAAAAGCCGAGCCAAGAACAAGUGGAUAAGGAGAGGGAAGAACAACUCUAUUAUUUCACCUGGCAGCACAGCCCCGAUGCUAAUGCUGCUCUAGAAAAAUAAUUUUUUCAUAGAUGUAGAGUCUGUCAGUCUUUGCUGAGUUAAUGAACUUCAUGGUCCUAUGAAAUUCCCGGUCUCCUACCCCAGGAUCCCAGAGAAAGCUGUUGUGUUAGGCACAUUUGCCUAAGAAAAUAAAUUAAAAUUCUCUCA